AUGGAGGAAAAUAUAAUUAAUGAAAACUUUAUUUUAGAAGAUAAAAAAAAUAACCGAAAUUUUUUAUUUUUCGAAAAACCACAUGAUAUUGAUAAUUGUAUAAAUAUAAUAUUAAAUUUUAAAAAACUAAAAAUAAAUAAUGAGGAAAAUUUUUCACAAAUAAUAAAUAUCUAUAAAAACAAUAUAAUAAGGGAUAUUAUAAAAAUUCAAAAAAAACUUGAUCUAAUCAUAAAUAAUUCAUUAAAUAAUGAUAAUAAUAAAAAAGAAUUAAUUAUUCAGUGGGAAUUGGAUUUAUCACAUAAUUAUUUCAAAGAAAUUUCAAUUGAUAAUAUUUUGUCUAUUUUAAUUGAGAAAAACAUAAUAAAAGAAAAGGAGAAUAUUUUUCACAUAAAUAAUUUAAAAACAUUAAAUUUAAGAAAAAAUUGUCUCACCAAAUUUCCCUAUAUUAAUAAAUACAAAUUAAAUAACUUGAUAAACUUAUGUAUAUCUCAUAAUGAUAUUAAUGAAAUUAUAUUUAAUAAAAACAACAUUGAUAAUUCUAAUAAUUUUGUGGCAAAAAUAAAUCAUGAUAAUAAUGAAGGUAUUUUAAAUGAAUUAAUCCCCAAUUUGAAAAAUAUCUAUUUACAAAAUAACAAAAUUGAAUCAUUUCUUUUCUUAAGAUAUUUAUUUAAUCAUCAUAGAGAAAUUACAAAUAUAAAUAUCAGUUUCAAUAAAAUAAGUCAUUUAAAUCACCUCCCUUCUUUAAAAAACUUAAAAUAUUUGGAUGUUUCAUUUAAUACUUUGUUAUAUUAUGACUAUGAAGAUAAUGAAUAUAAAAACAUAAACGUAAAAGAGCUUGAAUAUUUCUGUAAUAACGAAAAUACUGAUCUACAUAAAAAUAAUGAUUUUAUAUUUCACAACUUUUUAUUAACAUUAAAAAAUUAUUUUCCUAAUUUAAAAAAUAUAAAUACAAAGAACACUCUCAUAUAUAAUUUAAUUAAAUACAAUAUAAAAAAAAAAAAAAAAAACUCCAUUUAUUUUCCUUUUUAA